CGAUUAUACUUUUUAGCGUAUUUCUAUAAAAGAGCGAACCAAUUGUCAUAUAUUUGUAAAACAAUAUUUUUAGAAAAAACUCGUCGAAUGGAACCGAAAACAAAUGCGAAAUGAGUAUGACAUUAUCUUGUCCCGCACGAAGCAAAGCCAUACCUUUAAUUUUAUUUUAUCGGGGAAUUUAUGCUUUUGAAGGUCACCCAUGGCUUCUCAUGGCGUAAGCAAUUUGAGCCUCGCAUCAUUCAUUUCUUCAAAAUCCCAACUCAAUUGCCGUCCCAAAUCACUGUUCAUUCCAUCUUUUCCAGCUUUAGCACAGCCCAGAAGAAUCCCUUUCUCAGUUCGCGCCAUGGGCUCUUCUGCUUCUUCCCAGAAACCAGACAACGUCCAAGAGGCUGUCAAGGUAGAUUAUGCUUCUAUUAGUGAUGAUGAAUGGAAGAGGCGGCUUACAAAGGAACAAUACGACAUUACUCGAGAGAAGGGAACUGAGAGGGCUUUUACUGGGGAGUAUUGGAACACAAAAACCCCUGGUUUGUAUAAUUGCAUUUGCUGUGACACACCCCUAUUUGAAUCCUCUACUAAAUUUGACAGUGGGACUGGUUGGCCAUCUUAUUAUGCGCCCGUGGGUAACAAUGUAGAAUCGAAAUUAGACUCGUCAAUCAUUUUCAUGCCCCGUCAGGAAGUUCUUUGUGCAAAUUGUGGGGCUCAUCUUGGCCAUGUCUUUGAUGAUGGCCCUCCACCAACAGGAAAGCGCUAUUGUAUUAACAGUGCUUCCCUCAAACUGAAACCCAAAUAGGAGCCUGUCACGACAAGCGCACAAGGAAGUUUAAACUUUUCUGCCAAAGUUCUUGUUGUGGAACACUUGCAUGUUCGGUUGUAGAUUCUGUACUGCUGCUGCCGCUUAUGUCUAUUGUAUAUUUGUAUAAGCUACUGAGAUGAAUAAGAAUUACUUGUGUGGAUAUGCAGGCACUGCAAUUCGAUCAAUAUAUGCGUAGUGCAUAAUAAGAUAUGUUUAAUUCUGUCA